UUUUAUUCCUUUCCCUCUUUCUCUCUCUCUACAAACAAACACACACAUGCCCAUUUCCAUUUUCUCUCUCUACAAAACCCUCUCUCGCUCAAUGACUCCAUGAUUUUUCCACAGAUCAAUCCAGCCCUACAAAUUUUCAAAUUCUAGGGUUUAUCAUCAUUCUCAGCUCCCUUUCAUAAUUCCUCUUUCAAAAGUUUUCUUUUUUUUUCCUCUUUAAAUCUCAAUGUCGUCUUCUCCUCCUCAUCUUCCCACUUCAACAACGGCUACUACUGCAAAUAAUAAUAAUACUUCAUGUUCUUCUUCUUCAACGGCACUGUCAAGAAAGUGUUUCAAUUCUGAUUGUACGGACUUUAAAUCUCGAAAAGGCUGGAGGCUCCGUUCCGGUGACUUUGCCGAGCUUUGCGAUCGAUGCGCUUCUGCUUAUGAGGAGGGGAGUUUCUGUGAGACUUUCCACUUGAGGGCCAGUGGUUGGAGGUGUUGCGAGUCAUGUGGGAAGGGGGUUCAUUGUGGAUGUAUUGUUUCAAUUCAAACUUUCACAUUGUUGGAUGCUGGAGGUAUUGCGUGCAUGGCAUGUGAGAGGAAGAGUUUUGUUUUGACGUCAAACCCUGCCUGGUCUCCUUUGUUUUACCAUGCACCUUUCCCCGAGAGACUCAAAGACCUUUCUGUCAAAAGUUGGAGUCAAUUAGCUGGUUCAGGUCCUGUACCAUGGCGUCAAGCACCCAGUUUGUUUAAUCCUUCUGCUGCACAGUCUGAAUUGCAAACAAGGAUGCCUUAUGAAGUUGACAGGCUUAAUACCGGUGAAAGAUUUUCUGCCCCUUCCCUAGAGAAAAGGAAAGUUGAGGAUUUUUCUGAAAAAUUUAUCAAUGGAAACCUGAGGAUUCGCUUACAGGAUAUAGUUGAGAAUGGGAAUGCAGGAAUCAUUGGUGAGGAGCAACCACAACCAUCAUCAUCUUUAAUGGAGGAUGCAUCGGGCCAACAAUUUGGAAUAACAAUACCUUAUAAAUCUAUAAGCGAAUCAAAUAGUCAAAUUGAGGGCUCUGUAAAUGCUUUACAGCCAGCCCCUCCACCUCCGUUUACAAAGCAUUUUCAUGGGAGUUUACAUAAUGGAGUCGAUUCAUCAGUUGAUGGUCACAUACGCAAUGGGAAGCCUAGAACAGAUGCCCGUGGAAGAAGCCAGUUACUUCCUCGGUACUGGCCAAGGUUUACUGAUGGAGAGCUACAACAAAUUUCUGGAAAUUCUAAUUCUGUGAUCAAACCUUUGUUUGAGAAGAUGCUGAGUGCUAGUGAUGCUGGACGAAUUGGGCGUUUGGUGCUGCCGAAAAAAUGUGCAGAGGCCUAUUUUCCUCCCAUCUCGCAGCCUGAAGGUCUACCUCUCAGGGUCCAAGAUUCUAAAGGGAAAGAGUGGAUUUUUCAAUUUCGGUUUUGGCCUAACAAUAAUAGUAGAAUGUAUGUUCUGGAGGGAGUUACUCCUUGCAUACAAAACAUGCAAUUGCAAGCAGGCGAUAUAGUAACAUUCAGUCGAUUAGAGCCAGAAGGCAAAUUGGUUAUGGGAUUCAGAAAGGCCACCUCUGCUCCGCCUUCUGAUCAGGACAAUGAAACAAGUCAGACUGGUAAUGGUGUUUCUACAAAAGGAGAUGCUGAAUUGGAUCCUAGUCCUUGGUCUAAAGUCGACAAAUCAGGUUACAUAGCAAAAGAAGUUCUUGAAGGAAAAUCUUCUAUCAGAAAGAGGAAGAGCAGCACAUUGGGUUCCAAGAGUAAGCGCCUGAGGAUUGAAAAUGAGGAUAUGAUUGAAUUGAAGCUAACAUGGGAAGAAGCACAAGGAUUGCUCCGUCCCCCUCCUGACCAUGUUCCCAGUAUUGUGGCGAUUGAAGGGUUUGAGUUUGAGGAAUACGAGGAUGCGCCAGUACUUGGGAAGCCUACAAUUUUUGCAACGGAUAAUGUGGGUCAAAAGAUUCAAUGGGUUCAAUGUGAAGAUUGUCUUAAGUGGCGCAAAUUGCCUGCCAAUGCUCUUCUUCCCUCCAAAUGGGCAUGUUCUAGUAAUACAUGGGAUCCUGAAAGAUCAUCAUGUUCCGUGGCUCAAGAAUUGACAGCAGAGCAGCUUGAAGAUCUUCUUCCAUCCUGUAAUUUAGCAGUAGUCACUUCCAAGAGAUCGAAGGAUGCUAAGAAGGAUAUUGAUAGGGUCGAAGCUCUGGAGGGGCUUGACACUCUUGCCAACCUAGCUAUUUUAGGAGAGGGUGAGGCUUUCCCGGCUUCAUCCCAGGCCACCACAAAGCACCCCCGACACAGACCUGGCUGCUCCUGCAUUGUGUGCAUUCAGCCCCCAAGUGGGAAGGGUCCCAAACACAAGCAGACUUGUACAUGUAAUGUUUGCCAAACAGUAAAGCGCCGUUUUAAGACCCUAAUGAUGAAGCGUGAGAAGAAGCAAUCAGAGAAGGAAGCAGAAACGAAGCAAUCAGAGAAGGAAGCAGAAACUACUCGGAAGAGGCAGCAGGAGCCUUCUGCUGAGAAAUUGCUUGAUGAUGAACCCUCACCAUCUAGCAACACAGGGAGUGAAAGUGGCAGUCCGAACAAGAAAAAGACAGUCAGUGAAGGUUCUGAUGAUGAUCCUAGCAGAAUGAAAUCCUCAACUUCACCUUUUAAAGGCCAAAUAGACCUGAAUAUCCAGCCAGAGAGGGAGGAUGAAUUGUCACCUGGUUCAGAUUCUGGAGGCAUGAUGAGGAUGCUCCAGGAUGCCACUGAGACAUACCUCAGGAUGCAAAGAUUCUUAAGCUCGGAUGGUGACAAUAACCCUUCCGGUAAUCACAUGCUGUCAAGUGGGGGGACACGUGAAAAGGUCAGUGAUGUCAUUAUGCUUGGCAGCAGCCAUCAAGAUGCUGACAAGGAUCAUCCCUCAGCUUUUUCCAUGAACGCAUCCGCUUCCACUCCAGCUACUGGAUAGAUAAUGCCUUUUAACCGUGCACGAGCAUCAACCAUAUGAUUGAUUGAAUGCGAGGAUAGUUCUCGUGGCAUACUUGUCCACAUCGGCAUUUAACUUCGUUGUUCUGUACAUAAAGUAGAGGGGCAGGAAAGUGACAACCAUGGGGGAGAACCAAUAUUUUACUGGUCCAUACUGUAUAAUAUCAUCCUCUCUAUGCUAAUACAAUUGGACACUGACGUGCUUUUAGAAGAUGAUUGAUUGUUCAAUCAAGUGGGUAGGAGGCUGCAGCAAUGUAGUUUACUGUUAGAAGCUCACUGCUACCCUUACACAGAGGACGUGAUUAAGCUUGUGCCUUUUUGCUCAUAGUGAAAAGAAAAUUGAAGCUUGUUCUCUCUAUUAAGUUGAAAUACAACUGCAACAUGGGGGUUCUGAUUCGAACAAGCUACCUAGUCUCCUUUAGUUUUCUGUAUUAGAUUAUUUUGGUACUAUUGUUUUCUCUGUUUCAAUGAAACUUGUCUUGGAUAGAAGAUUACUGAAAUGUCAAGUGGAUGUUCACAA